UUUAUGGAUGUGGUCAUAGAAUUUUCUCUGAAAGAGUGGCAAUGCCUGGACACUGCACAACAGAAUUUAUAUAGAAGUGUGAUGUUAGAGAACUACAGAAACCUGGUCUUUCUCGGUAUUGCUUUUUCAAAGCCAGACCUGAUCACCUAUCUGGAGCAAGGAAAAGAGCCUUGGAAUAUGAAGAGACAUGAGACUGUAGCCAAACCCCUAGUUAUGUGUUCUUAUUUUGCCCAAGACCUUUGGCCAGAGCAGAACAUAAAAAAUUCAUUUCAAAAAGUGAUACUGAGAAGAUAUGGAAAAUGUGGAGAUGAGAAUUUACCACUAAGAAAAGAGUAUAAAAGUGUGGAUGAUUGUAAAAUGCACAAAAGAGUUUAUGAGAAACUUAACAAAUGUUUGACAGCUACCCAGAGCAAAACAUUUGUAUGUUAUAAGUAUGUAAAAGUCUUUUAUAAAAUUUCAAAUUCAAAUAGAUGUAAGAUAAGACGUACUAAAAAGAAACCUUUUAAAUGUAACAAAUGUGACAAAUCAUUUUGCAUGUUUUUACAUCUAAUUCAACAUAAAAGAAUUCAUACUAGAGUAAAUUCCUACAAAUGUGAAGAAUGUGGCACAGCCUUUAACCGAUCUUCAUACCUUACUACACAUAAGAUAAUUCAUACUGGAGAGAAACCAUACAAAUGUGAAGAAUGUGGCAAAGCCUUUAACUGGUCCUCACAGCUUACUACACAUAAGAGCAUUCAUACUGGAGAGAAACCCUACAAAAGUGAAGAAUGUGGCAAAGCUUUUAACCAGUCCUCCCACCUUACUACCCAUAAGAGUAUUCAUAGUGGACAGAAACCCUACAAAUGUGAAGACUGUGGCAAAGCUUUUAACCAGUCAUCAAACCUUACUAUACAUAAAAUAAAUCAUACGGGAGAGAAACCCUAGAAAUGUGAAGCAUGUGGCAAAGCUUUUAACCAGUCAUCAAACUGUACUAAACAUAAGAGAAUUCAUACUGGAGAGAAACCCUUCAAAUGUGAAGAAUGUGGCAAAGCUUUUAACCAGUUUUCAAACCUUACUACACGUGAGAGAAUUCAUAGUGGAGAGAAACACUUCAAAUGUGAAGAAUGUGGCAAAACUUUUAACCAGUUUUCAAACCUUACCACACAGAAGAGAAUUCAUAAUGGAGUGAAGCCCUUCAAAUGUGAAGAAUGUUGCAAAGCUUUUAACCAGUUUUAUAAACUUACUGUACACAAGAGAAUUCAUAAUGGAGAGAAACCCUACAAAUGUGAAAAAUGUGGAAAAGCUUUUAAUCACUCCUCAAUACUUAGGAACCAUAAGAUAAUCCAUAGUGGAAAAAAACCCUACAAAUGUGAAGAAUGUGGCAAAGCUUUUAACCACCCAUCAAUCCUUACUAAACAUAAGAUAAUUCAUAGUGGAGAGAAACCCCACAAAUGUGAAGAAUGUGGCAGAACUUUUAACCACCUGUCAACACUGAUGAAAUAUCAGAUAAUUAAUAGUAGAGACAAACCCUACAAAUGUGAAGAAUGUGGUAAAGCUUUUAAUCACUCCUCAAUCCUUAGUAACCAUAAGAGAAUUCAUACUGGAAAGAAACGCUUCAAAUGUGAAGAAUGUGGCAAAGCUUUCAACCAGCUGUCAAUCCUUACUAAACAUAAGAGAAUUCAUACUGCAGAGAAACCCUACAAAUGUGAAGAAUCUGGGAAAGCUUUUAAGCAGUCAUCAACCCUUACCAAACAUAAGAGAAUUCAUAGUGCAGAGAAACCCUUCAAAUAUGAAGAAUGUGGCAAAGGCUUUUGUGACUCCUCAUCCCUUACUACACGUAACAGAAUUCAUAGUGGAGAAAAACCCUGCAAAUGUGAAGAAUGUGGCAAAGGCUUUUGCAACUCCUCAUCCCUUACUACACAUAAGGGAGUUCAUAGUGGGAAAAAACCCUACAAAUGUGAAGAAUGUGGCAAAGCUUUUAACCACCUAUCAACCCUUACUAAACAUAAGAUAAUUCAUAGUGGGGAAAAACCCUACAAAUGUGAAGAAUGUGGCAAAGUUUUUAACCACCUAUCAACCCUUACUAGACAUAAGAGAAUUCAUACUGGAGAGAAAUCCUACAAAUGUGAAGAAUGUGGGAAAGCUUUUAACCACCCAUCAAUGUUAACUAAACAUAAGAUAAUUCACAGUAGAGAGAAACUCUAUAAAUGUGAAGAAUGUGGCAAAGCUUUUUAUCACUCCUCAGACCUUAAUAACGAUAAGAGAAUUCAUACUGCAGAGAAACCCUUCAAAUGUGAAGAAUGUGGCAAAGCUUUUAACCAGCUGUCAACCCUUAAUAAACAUAAGAGAAUUCAUACUGGAGAGAAAUCCUACAAAUGUGAAGAAUGUGGGAAAGCUUUUAACCACCCAUCAAUGCUUAACUAAACAUAAGAUAAUUCACAGUAGAGAGAAACUCUAUAAAUGUGAAGAAUGUGGCAAAGCUUUUUAUCACUCCUCAGACCUUAAUAACGAUAAGAGAAUUCAUACUGCAGAGAAACCCUUCAAAUGUGAAGAAUGUGGCAAAGCUUUUAACCAGCUGUCAACCCUUAAUAAACAUAAGAGAAUUCAUACUGGAGAGAAACCCUACAAAUGUGAAGAAUGUGGGAAAGCUUUUAAGCAGGCAUCAACCCUUACCAAACAUAAGAGAAUUCAUAGUGCAGAGAAACCCUUCAAAUGUGAAGAAUGUGACAAAGGCUUUUGUGACUCCUCAUCCCUUACUACGCAUAAGAUAAUUCAUAAUGGAGAAAAAACCCUACAAAUGUGAAGAAUGUGGCAAAGGGUUUUGCAACUCCUCAUCCCUUACUACACAUAAGAGAAUUCAUAGUGGGGAAAAACCCUACAAAUGUGAAGAAUGUGGCAAAGCUUUUAACCGCCUAUCAACACUUACGAAACAUAAGAUAAUUCAUAGUAGAGAGAUCCUACAAAUGUGAAGAAUGUGGCAAAGCUUUUAAUCACUCCUCAAACCUUAAUAACCAUAAGAGAAUUCGUACUGGAGAGAAACGCUUCAAAUAUGAAGGAUGUGGCAAAGUUUUCAUCCAGCUAUCAACCUUUACUAAAAAUAAGAGAAUUCAUACUGGAGAGAAACUCUACAAAUGUGAAGAAUGUGGGAAAGCUUUUAAGCAGUCCAUCAACCCUUACCAAACAUAAGAGAAUUCAUAGUGCAGACAAACCCUUCAAAUGUGAAGAAUGUGGCAAAGGCUUUUGUGACUCCUCAUCAUUUACUACACAUAAGAGAAUUCAUAGUGGAUAAAAACACUUCAAAUGUGAAGAAUGUGGCAAAGCUUUUUUAACCAGCCAUCAAACCUUAGUAUACAUAAGAGAAUUCAUUUUGGAGAGAAGGCUUACAAAUGUGAAGAAUGUGGAAAAUCUUUUAACUAUUUCUCAAACCUUACUAGACAUAAGAGGAUUCAUAUUGGAUAGCAACCCUACACAUGGGAAGAAUGUGGCAAAGCCUUUAACUGGUCCUCAAUCCUUACUACACAUAAGGCAAUUCAUACUGCAGAGAAACCCUACAAAUGUGAAAAGUGGGGAAAGGCUUUGAUGUAUUCUCAGCCUUUACUUAACAUAAGAAUUCAUGCUAAAGAGAAAUCCUAUACAAAUGUGAAGAAUGUGGCAAAGGCUUUUGUGAAUCCUCAGCCCUUGGUAAAUAUAAAAGAAUUCAUACUGAAGCAUGUAGGAAAAUUCAUACUGAAGCAUACUGAAGCAUGAAGAAUUCAUACUGAAGCAUGUGCCAGUCCUCAACACUUAAUAACCAUAAGCGAUUUCACACUGCAGAGAAACCCUACGCAUGUGAUAAAUGUGGGAAAGUUUUUAACUGGUCCUUAAGCCUUACAAAACAUAAGAUAAUGCAUAAUGGAUGGAAACUCUACUAAUGUUAACAUGGCAAAGCGUUUAGUGUAUUAUUAACCUUUAAUAAACAUAAGGUAGUUCAUACUGGGGAGAAUUCCAACAAAUGUGAAUAAUGUGACAAAGAUUUUAACAAGUUCUCAACACUUAGUACACACAAUUCAUACUGGAGAGAAACCCUACUAGCACGAAGAAUGUGGCAAAGCCUUUUACGAGUCCGCAGUUCAUAGCAGACGUGAAAUAAUUUACAUCAGAGAAAAACUCUACAAACCUAAAAAGUGGGACAAUGCUUUUAACAACAAUUCAAACUUUUUUUUUUUUUUUUUUGGAUGGAAUCUCGCUCUGUCUCCCAGGCUGGAGUGCAGUAGCGUGAUCUCAGCUCACUGCAAGCUCUGCCUCCCGGGUUCAUGCCAUUCUCCUGCCUCAACCUCAUGAGUAACUGGGACUACAGGCGGCUGCCACCACGCCUGGCUAAUUUUUGUAUUUUUUAGUAGAGACGGGGUUUCACUGUGUUAGCCAGGAUGGUCUCAAUCUCCUGGCCUCAUAAUCUCCUGCCUUGGCCUUCCAAAGUGCUGGGAUUACAGGCAUGAGCCACCAUGACCGGCCCACCUCAAACUUUUGAAAAUAUAAAUUAUAAUGGUCCCAGGCCCCAGAAAUGUGAAGAAUAUGUCAAAGACUUUAAAUGGCUGUCACUCUUGAUUGUAGGUAAGAUAAAUCAUACUGUAGAAAACUACACGUGUGAAGAAUGUGACAAAACUUUUAACUAGUGCUCACAUUUUAUUGCACAAGAAAGCAUUUAUACUUGAGAAAAAAUUGUACAAUUAUAAAGAAUGUGGAAAAGCCAUUGAUAUCUGCUCAUAUCUUAAUCAAUAUCCAAGAACUCAUACUUAAUAAAAGCAUUGUAAGUGCAAUUACUGUCUAAAUAUCUUUCAGAAAAUAUAAGCCGUUAAAGUGAAGAAGAGUAUUCAUUCUGAAGACAAACAUUACAAAUAUACAGGGGGUUGUAGUACGAUUACUUGUGUCAUAGAUAUUAUUGUGCAGAUUUUGUGUUAGAGGAAAACCCUGAAGCAGUUUCUCAAAAUUUGUUCAACAUCAGGGAAUUUAUAUUGGAGAAAAACCUAAUAAAUGUAAUGAUUUUGACUGAAGAAUUGUGAAAAAAUGAGAGCAAAAAAAACCAGAGAGUUCGUAGUAAAAUAUAUUUUUACAGAUGCAGUAAAUAUGAAAAAGGCAUUUACUUCAAAAUUACGUCUAUGUCAACAUCAGAUAUUUCACAGUUGAAAUAACUAAAACACUGACCCUUCAGACAUUACACUAAAUCAGUGUUGAGUGUAGAAAAUUACCCAAAACUAAAGUUGUUAGGUAAAUUAUUUGUAUAUAACUUUAAAAUAAGAAAAUUGGAGAGUUACAAUUGCAUUAAAAAUAUGCUAUUUUCAUUGAAAAAACUUAGUUUUUGGGGGAAGUUAGUAAUGAUAUAAUUCAACUCACAAAUUACUUCAUGCUGUAUCUUUUAUUUUUAUGGUCAUAAUAAAAAUCAUAGGAAAAUAUAAAUAAAAUCCAUACGUUUCUAACUCCUGAAUAAGUAUUUUUAAAAAUUUGUUAUAUAUUUUUCUUUGAACAUGUGAACCCUCUGCCUGCAAACACAUACAGACUUUGAGUUCUGAUUCACAUAAAGUUAAAUAUACACGUUAGUCUAAUGAUAUACCUUAAUUGUAAUAGAAUUGUAGAGUGUGUUUGUGUAUGUAUGAGUUUUACCUAU